AGCCAAGUCCACGUGACGGGCAAAUCAACCUUAGCUUAACUUUUCAGAGUUUGUGCCGAUUGCUAACUUUUUGAAAUGAAGGUGCUGCUAAUAUGUUUGAUGCUAGUCUGCCUGUCAUGGGCUAAUAGCACUGGAUCUGUUCGCAUCCAUUCCAGCUGCAAUUGUGGCUGGAGAAACACGGCAAGAAUUGUCGGUGGAAAGUCGACCCGUAAGAACGAGUAUCCUUGGAUGGCGUCUCUUAACGGGUGUGGUGGAUCCAUCAUUACCAAAUGGCACAUCCUCACAGCUGCUCAUUGUACUGACAGGAUAUCAGCUUCGAGAAUGACUGUUAAUGUUGGAUUGCAUUAUAUUUUUUUUGGUCCAAACGAGAACAUGGAAAAACAUCGUGUUGCUAGGACAAUUCAACACGAGAACUAUGAUAACAAUGGCGAUAAACCUUUAAAUGAUAUAGCCGUUCUCGUCCUUGCAACUCCAAUAAAAUUCAACCGAUAUGUCGGCCCAAUCUGUUUGCCCAACAGUCAAUUGGAUAUCCUAGGAAAGUUAGUCAAGGUUAUAGGUUGGGGAAUGACCAAAGGUACAGGGGACGGUAACGUCCUUAACGAGGUUGACGUCGAAGUUAUCAGCAGAAGUGAGUGCGAACGGAGCUGGCCACUCAGUAAAAUCCCAAAUCAGCUCUGCGCCUUUGCUUUAAAAAAAGACUCGUGCAACGGAGACUCGGGCGGUCCUCUGGUAUACCACCUGGACCCUGUCAUCGACAGGUUCGUCCAAGUGGCUUUGGUCUCCUAUGGACCCCCUGCUUGUGGAAGUGAUCCAAGACCUUCAGUGAAUACCGACAUCUUUGCUUUCAGCAGCUGGAUCCAGAAGGCUAUUGCAGAAAGCAUCCCUGAAGUAAGUAUCUGCAUUACGCCUUAAGCAGAAGACUACUUGAAUGCAGAACUUAAGAAAUGAGUUUACAUUUAAAUAAAUAAAAUAUGUUUUUAAUUAAAUAGUAUAUGUACCACCGAAGCGGUAAUAUUAUUAUAUUGCCGUUUAUUAUUUUUAUUUAUUGUAUGGUAUGAAUGAGCUACUCUAUAUCACUAUUACUAUUGUCCUUGAAUGUGGCAGAUUGUAAUAUCUCAAUAAAGAAGUUUAAAAAAAACAUUCAAUUAAAUAA